GAUCUUAUCCUCACCCGCGACUUCUUUUUUUACCAACACGCCGUCAACUUCGCACUCUCAGAUCUGAUGACAUGGCAGAAUAACAUUGGUCCGUCUCGUGAAAUCCAACACCCGCCGUGGUCUCUCUCUCUUCCCUCAAUUCUCCUCCGCUGCCGUCCGGCCAUGGCCGCCGCCGCAGCCCUCCGCCGCAUCUCUGCAGUACUCCUCCUCCUCCUCCACAUCUCCACCUCCACCGUCUCCAUCGGCGUCAACUACGGCACUCUGGGCAACAACCUCCGGCCGCCGGCGGAGGUCGCGAACUUCAUCAAAACCCAAACCACAUUCGACCGCGUCAAGAUCUUCGACGCGAAUCCCGACAUCCUCCGCGCAUUCGCCGGCACCGGAAUUCUAGUGACGGUGACCAUCGGCAACGGCGAUAUCCCCCGCCUCACAGACCCCGCCGCCGCUCAGCAAUGGGUCGCCGCCAAUAUCGUGCCGUUUCACCCUCAGACGCGCAUUAAUUACAUUGCCGUCGGAAAUGAAGUCCUGCUGAUUACUAGGGAUCUCGUUCCCCAGCUAGUUCCCGCCAUGAGAUCACUUCAACAAGCUCUUGUACAAGCCGGAAUCACGGACAUUAAGGUGACUACCCCUCAGGCUCUAAUUCUACAAACUUCAAAUCCGCCAAGCGCCGGUCGGUUCUUUCCGGCCGACGCCCAAGCCCUGUUCACACCACUGCUUCAGUUUCUACGCGAGACCAAGGCGCCGUUCAUGAUGAAUCCUUAUCCAUACUUCGGAAUGUCGUCUCCAAAACAGUUGAAUUUCGCCCUCUUCCGCCCCAACCCCGGCCUCUACGACAAGUUCACCCGCAUCACCUACACCAACAUGUUCGUCGCCAACAUGGACGCCGUCUACUCCGCCAUGAAAGCCAUCGGAUUCGCCGACGUGGACAUCGUCGUCGGCGAGACCGGCUGGCCCACCAGAUGCGACGGCAACCCUAUCUGCAGCCCCGAUAACGCCGCUCACUACAAUCGCCACUUGAUCAACCUCGUCAAGUCCGGCGAAGGCACGCCUUUGAUGCCGAACCGCCGAUUCGAAGCCUACUUAUUCGGUCUGUUCAACGAGAAUGUUAAACCGGGCCCGGAAGCCGAGCGGAACUGGGGCUUGUUCCAGCCGGAUUUCACUCCGGUUUACGAUGUUCCAAUCAUUAUGCGCAAUGGACGACGGCGCAGUGGCCGAAGAGGCGGCCGGGGGAGGCCGAGGCCGAGGCCUAGGCCGGUGGUGGCGUCGUCGGGAAAGAAAUGGUGUGUGCCGAAACCCGAUGCUGCAAAUGAUGCGUUGCAGAAUAAUAUAGACUAUAUUUGCAGCUUGAAUACCGUCGAUUGCCGGCCGGUUCAACCUGGCGGCGUGUGUUUUCAACCGAACGACGUCCGAUCGCACGCGGCGUAUUUGAUGAAUUCGUAUUACCAAACCGCCGGCAGAAACGAUUUCAACUGCGAUUUCAGAAGCACCGCCGUUAUAGCCACAGUCGAUCCAAGUUACGGCGGAUGUAGGUAUAUUGCUUGACAGAUCAAGCGGAGGGAGACGGAGGAGGGAUUGGGUUGCGUACGUGCGGGUGCAGGAGAAGAAAUUCUGAGACCACGCAAAGGCCAAAAUCAACGGAGCCUGCAAAUACCUUUUCUAUUUUAUUUUCUUGUUUUUUUCCCUCUAUAUGCAAUGAUUUAUUUUCCAUAUUUAUUUGAUUUAUUUUUUCUGAAAUCAAUAUUUGUUGUAAUUAAAUCGAUUUCUUAUAGAAAAAAGUCUUGCUAUAAUUUUAACAAAUGGGAUUAGUAAU